AUGCACAAGCUGAGAGGAGGCCCUGGCCCUCCUGUCAAGGAUAUAUAUGAAUUUUCUCAGGAUGAGGAGGACCCUAACGUUUUUCUCGGAGCCAGGGGUGCAAAGGUGGUGUCUCCUGCAGCCGACUACAUCAGGUCUGAGCAUGAGCAAGCAGGCCUCUUCUCCUUGCUGCCAUUGGAGGGUCAGGAACUGAUGGAGCAUGUGGUGCCACAGAAAAAGAAGCGUAAGAGAUGCGGUGUGUGUGUGCCUUGUAUGCGGAAGGAGAACUGUGGUACAUGCAGCAACUGCCUGAACAGAAAUGUCGGCCACCAGAUCUGCAAACUGAGAAAGUGUGACAAGCUGAAGAGAAGAACAGGCCAGUGGGAGGUGGAAUAUUUUGAAGACAUAAAAGCUCGGUCCAUCAUCCCAAACCUGGCUAAAAAGACUGUUUCCGUGGUGGGUUCAGUGGAUGGCCCCACAGGAAGAAGCCAGAUGGAAAUUGGGUCCCAUGACUGCCUGGAAGAAGGCGUGUUAGACCAGUCUAAUGGGGUGAGCAAACAUGCAACAAAUGAAAAAGAUAUUUGUGAUGAAGAAGAUGGAGGCAUGGCCAGGGAGCAACACCAGCACAGCUACCAUGAGGGGCCUGGAGGUAUUUCCAAGACAUCAGACUGGGGCCCUAAGCAUGCUGAGAAAUCAACAAAUCCUGAAUCUCAACAGGGUGCUUGGAGUGGCCAAAACCCCAGCACACAUGUGAAUGAUGUGGAUAUGGAAGAUGCACGAACACUAGUGGCAUUUUCUGCUACUGUAGGCUCACUGGCCCCUUACAGCAACCAUCAACCUUCUCAGACUCCUCCAACUCAGCUGUAUGAAAGAUUCAACCAGGAGAUGUCUAAUGGAAGUGAGGAGGCCAGGCAGAAAGGUGUGGAUGGUGCGUUUUGCCCCCCUGAAGAUUUAGACGCCCUUCAGGCUGCACUGAGCAAGGCCCGUCAUGGCCACAAGCCACCUAACUGUGAUUGUGAUGGCCCAGAAUGCCCUGACUACUUGGAGUGGCUGAAAAAGCAAAUCAAAAUGGUGACUAAUUGCAAGGACAAAGGGUCCUGUAAGGUAUCUGGUGCUCCUCCACAGCCAUAUUUACAGCAUUGUUAUGCUCAAUCCCAACCUCAACAAUGUGGAAAUAACCCAUCAUGUGUGCAAGACACAAAUCCACAGACCCCUGUUAACAAGCCUUCAGCUCCAAGGUCCUUUGACCCACCACCUAUUCCCUGCUCCCCUAGUGUUCUAUCCAUAGCCAAGGAGAGAAAUGUUAGCUUGCAAACAGCUAUUGCAAUUGAGGCCCUGACCCAGCUGUCUGCUACUGUCCAACAAAAGAUUGUUUCUCCAGGCGAGUCUUCACCUGCAAAUCACCAUCAUCAUUUGCCAACCUCAUACCCUCAGAGUAUGCCACAAUUGGUCUCUUUAUCCCCUCUUUCUUCCUCCUCUGUCUCCUCUGCUAUGCCACAGUCCAUCCCUCCUGGAAAUUACCCUCAACAGGACCCAUCAUCAUGGGAACAGCAGAGGCCUCAUCAUCAGGACAUUAUGCCAAGCUCUUCACACUACGCUUCCCAAUACCCAUCCUCCAAGUCCCCAUUUACAGGCCUGCCCCCAUCAACCCCUAACCCCCCACCCCAGCAGUGGCAGCAGGGCAUAACUGGAAGUUGUGAGAAAAGCUCCUCUCAGAACCUAUGGAUGAGGAUGAACUCAGAACCCCAGCCUCAAUUUGUAAACCCAUCCCAUGGUAGUAGUGACCCAGUGUCUGAACUGAAGCAACUCCUUGGAGACACUGGUGGAAAGUACACAAACUCAGCAUUCAAAUUUCCACUCCCUCACCCCAGCUUGCAGGAUGGUCACAAGGCCAGCCUUACUGGGGUGCCACACAUCAAGCAGGAGGUGGAUGCAAAAGAGUACCAAGGCUCAGGGUGUCCAGUCAUGGGCCAAGAGGGGAUGGUAAAUGGCCAGCAGCAGUUCUGGGGUCAGCAGUUUUCCCCUUCCAUUAGGCACUCAACUCAGGCAGCACUACAGCAGCACCUUCACCAUAAACGCAAUCUCUUCUCUAACUCCCCAGCCUUCAGUUCAUUAGCCCCAAUGGCUUGUCAGAACCUCCGUAAAUGGUGGCCACAAACUACGCCAGAGAGUCAAGGAACCAUCAAACAGGAGCACAAAGAACCUAAAAAGAAAAAGAGUGUUCAAAUUUCUCCUCAUCUCAAACAGCCAAUGGGUGGGCUAUGUAGCCCAUUGGGCCAACCUCUUCCAAAACCCAAACAGAUUGUCAUCAAGAAGCAUAAAAAGAAAGCUUCACAACCAACCUUUCUCCCACAGAGCCAGAUCACAUUAUCGAAAACUCCACACAUCAACCCAGGUUAUGCACCAUCCUUAUCCCAGCUGGCUCCCUCUUUACCACACAUGGAAGCUGGGCUUCCCCCCUCUCAGGUGGCUGAGAGCCACCUAGCUCCAGCCCAAUCUCAGGAAUCCAUUUUGAAUAGCAGUAGUGCACCCAUCUCUGAAAACACCCAGUCGUCUCCUACCACCCCUCUCUCUAUCAUAGCACCUUCCAACCAGAAGGUGAUAGCUUGUUCAGGCCCAGCCGUGUCAGCUGAAAACAUCCCAGCAAACUGUAUCACAAUUCAUACCUCUACAAAACGGUCUGCUCCCUCUCUGACUGGCCUCAGUACCCUAGAUCCAAAAUUUGAAGAGCUGAUUCGCCAGUUUGAGGAGGAGUUUGGGGACAACAUUUCCUCAGCUUCUGCAGCAGAGACCCCAGAGCAAGGCCCAUCUCAGCCAGUGGUGACCGCAUCACAACCAUUCUCAAACUCAGGACAAGCCAGACCAGAGUCACAAUCCCCAAAGCAGCCAAAAAACUGCCCUCCUGUUCCUACAGUUAUGUCUGAGCCCAUGGUUGAAGGUCAAAAGGGGAUGAUAAAGAGAGUGAAUGAAGAAAAACCAUUAGCAUCUGAGCAGCUCUAUACUGUAAAACAGGAAAGUGAGGAAUGUGAGGUGGCUGUGAAACCUUCUGGACAGCUCCUGUCUGUGCCUCCGGAGGCAUUUCUGGAGCGACAUCACCCAUUAAUCACAUCUUUCACCCCUCCAACAAAGCGCAUGAAGAUUGAGUCAUCCGGUGACGUGACAGUACUCUCCACAACCAUGUGUUUCUCUGCAGAUGGAGAAGGAAAAGAUUUGAAUACACCCACCAAGGAUAUCUUCCCUGCCUCCCCUUCACUCAAAGGCUUUCUUGAGUCACCACUGCGCUAUCUGGACACUCCCACCAAGGGCCUGCUGGAUACACCUGUGAAAGAUGCCCAAGCUGAGUUUCCCACCUGUGACUGUGUGGACCAGGUCCUAGAAAAGGAUAAGGGUCCUUAUUACAAUCAUUUGGGAUCUGGGCCAACUGUGGCUGCAGUCAGAGAACUGAUGGAAGAGAGGUAUGGGGAGAAGGGUGAAGCCAUUCGUAUUGAGAAGGUGGUUUACACAGGGCGAGAGGGAAAGAGCUCUCAGGGAUGCCCUAUUGCUAAGUGGGUGAUUCGUCGUGGCAGCGAGGCGGAGAAAGUUUUAUGUGUGGUGAAGCAACGUCCUGGGCACCACUGUGCCAACACUGUCAUCAUCGUUGUAAUCCUGGCCUGGGAAGGUGUGCCCCGUGCUUUGGGAGAUAAACUGUAUCAAGAAGUCACAGAAACAAUCACCAGAUACGGCAACGCCACCAGCCGCCGCUGUGGACUAAAUGACGAUCGAACCUGUGCAUGCCAAGGGAAGGACACGGAUAAAUGUGGAGCUUCCUUCUCUUUUGGCUGCUCUUGGAGUAUGUACUUCAAUGGAUGCAAGUAUGCUCGAAGCAAAACCCCUCGCAAGUUCAGACUGCAGGGAGAACACCCAAAAGAGGAGGAAAAUCUCAGGGAUAAUUUCCAAAACUUGGCCACUCAUGUGGCCCCUCUGUAUAAGCAACUUGCUCCCCAGGCCUACAGUAACCAGUGUGUGAGUGAGCACAUUGCUUCAGACUGUCGCUUGGGUUUGAAGGAGGGUCGGCCAUUUUCAGGAAUCACUGCAUGCAUGGAUUUCUGUGCCCAUGCUCAUAAAGACCAGCAUAACCUCCACAAUGGCUGUACUGUGGUGUGCACUCUUACAAAAGAGGACAAUCGCACAGUGGGCACUAUCCCAGAUGAUGAGCAGCUGCAUGUGCUUCCGCUCUACAAGAUCUCUCUUACCGACGAAUAUGGUAGUGAGGAGAACCAGCGCCUUAAAAUGAAAACAGGAGCCAUUCAGGUGCUCUCUAACUUCCGUCGAGAGGUUAGAAAACUUCCAGAACCUGCUAAAUCCUGCCGGCAGCGUCGCUUAGAGGCCAAAAAGGCUGCUUCAGAAAAGAAGAACAAGAAACUGCAGCUUGCAGAAACCCCAGAGAAGACUGUCAAGAUGGAGAUGCACAACGCAGAGUCAUCCCACCCUCAGCAAGGCAAUAAAGCUAUUCCAAAACAGGAGAUGAAGCCCACCAUCAAAAAAGAGCCUGUUGACCGCUUCCAGCCCUUCAAUGGAGCCAUACAUGGCAACCCAGCACUAGGGAACGGCAAGGCAGCCCCUGAUCCCCACAGCACGAACAGUUCAUUCUCCUACCCUGGUAACUAUGCAAGAGGUUGCGUCCCUACCAACAGCCAACCUCCUGCACAUAGCCCCAUCAAUGGCUUUCACCCCAACCUCCAAGACAUGCGAUUCAGUUACUACAACUACCAUCCCAAUGCACUUUUUCCUACUGAGCUCUUGAGUUAUGAUAAUGGAGCCUGGCCAAAAGCUGGAGAACCCUCUGCCCCAUCAUUUGACCAAAAGCCAGAUGUUAAGAAUCUCCAAGCCAAAAUGGCACAGGCAUAUCCUAACCGUCCUGGCCAAUCACAGCAACAAAUGACUGAUGCACCCAUUCAAGGCUACCCACAUCCAUCAGAGUUUUCACAGUCUCCUGUUCCACACAGUACACCAUCAGUGUCGCUUGUGCAGACACACCGCUCAAUACCUAUCAUCAAGCAGGAGCCAAUGGAUCUGCCACUAUAUGAUGGCAGUAUAGAUGGGCAUGUUCAGUGCUGCCCUAGCACUACCAGUACCACACCAAAGCCUGAAGGCUGGCCUGGGCUUAAGCCAAAUGGCAGCAUAGUCCCUAAAGGCUGGAAUGGAAACCACAGGCCAAGUCCAGCUGAUUCGCCUUUUACUUCAGAUAAGCAGAGGCUCCACCAGCAACACACAUACCAGCAUGAGCAACCUCUGUAUCCACAGCAGCAGCAGUGGAAUUCCUAUCCUCGCCCUAACACUCCAAUGUCAUCCCCUGCCCCAUCUCCAUCUCCAACUCCAUCCAUAAAAGCAGGUCUUUCCCAUGCUCCCUCUCCACAACCGUCCACCCCAAGACAGUGGGAUAGCUCUGCCCCAAGUCCACAACCUAAGACGUGGGGCCCUUAUGGUCCCAUUGGUUAUGGUGCUGGUGGUCUUAGGCAAGGCAACCCUGCUGGUGCUUUCCCUGAUAAAAUGCUAUGUCAGGCAGGUGAGAAUUGUGGCUCUGCUCCUCUGGGAAUCCAGGAGAAAGCCUGGAAAUCUGGUGGUGGAUCCGUAGCAGGCAGCACACCAUCUCCGGCUCCUGAGGGUCGCUUAUUCCCUGAUUCACUGCAAAGAUUCAAUGGUCAGGCAUGCUGGGACAGUGAGGCAGAGACCCAAAGUGAAUGUGACCCUGAAGAGGAAGAGGUGUGGUCAGACAGCGAGCACAACUUUCUGGACCCCAACAUUGGAGGAGUAGCUGUGGCCCCUGCUCAUGGCUCCAUCUUGAUUGAAUGUGCCCGUCGGGAGCUCCAUGCUACCACGCCACUUAAAAAGCCUGACCGUACCCACCCAAGCCGGAUUUCCCUGGUCUUUUACCAGCACAAGAACCUCAACCAGCCCUGCCACGGCGUGGCUUUGUGGGAGGCCAAGAUGAAAAUCCUAGCCGAGCGGGCGCUACAGAGGCAACAAGAAGCAGCUCUUUUGGGUCUCUCACAGGAUGAAAUUAAGGCCUAUGGGAAGAAGCGCAAGUGGGCGACUGGAUCAGCAAGCCCAUCCCCAGGACAGAACAAGGACAAACGAGAGAGUGUGGUGACACGGAUGGCACCCACUCAGCAUACCACCACCAUAGUUAAUGUUUCACCCUACCCGUCCACGCAACUCACUGGCCCUUACAGUCGAUUCGUGUAAACUCAUGUAGACUGUUGCCCCCUAGAGCCAGAGAAGGGAAAAAAAUAAGGAUCAUGAAUCUUACACCUUUACCAUUUCCUUCUCUUCUUCUAGCUCUAACACCUCUCUCAGGUCACCACAAGGGAGGGAGAAUAAAGGAUGGGGCACUUUUUCACUUUCUUUUCCUCAUUUACCUCAAAUUUGGCAGCAGUUUGGGAACACCCCAAACGGACAUGCUGUCUAUGGUGCUCUUGCUCUCUCCAACGUGGGAGGGAUUUCCAUAGCUACCCCUCCUUAAGUGAAUUUGAUGAUCCUAAUUAUUAUUGCUCUAUUAUCAAUAUUAUUAUGAUUGCUAUUGUUGCUGUCAACAUUGAUAUUACAGGUAUUGCUAUUAUAUUCUGAAGAUUAAUAUUUUUUAUUUUAAUGUAACUGUUUUUUCAUCAUUGUUAUUAAUAUUUUGAUUUCCCUCUCUUGACUAGAGGAACUUCCUUUUUACUUUCUCGCUUGUUCAUUAUGAACAUGAGAACAAGCUAAUCAGCGAUUUUUGAUGUUGUGCUUUUCACCAUUUCCACCAGUCAACCUCUCUAUAAAAGAAACGCCUUCACACCAUUGUGAGUCAGAUUUAUGUGACUGCAUUAAGGCAACUCUAGAGUAUCUGCAGCCUAGCUGCAGUCACUGAACAAAUGACCAAAAUUAGAAAGAGAGGACCUGACACCAUAGCCUUUCUAUUUGGCGCCACUCAAUGAAAUCUGUAAUGUUUCUCAUCCUUUCAAAUGGUGCUUCAUUUCGGUCUGAAGUGUCUCUAAUGUGGCUCUCACAACAUUGAGGCAGGUGCUGGACCUGGGUGCUUUUUGGCAGCAGAUGUCAAUUGAAAUUAAGUUACAGGGACCUCUCAGUCCUGGUAAUUGGUUCAGCCUUCCAUCUAGUCAUCCGAUUGGUGCUGAUUCAUUUGGCCAUUCUUCGUUAGAAUAUGGCAUGUUUUAGACUUAGCUCUCUGAGGUGCUGGUAAUGCUAAUAAAAUCCACCUUAAUAGAAACAGCCCUAAAGAGCUGCAGAUAAUCCACCAUGGGUCUUAAGCUCGUGAUUUUCAUAUAGACUGAACAAUUCAGACUCAGCGCAAACAGAGGAUUCUAAACUAUAUCCAAUAUUUUAUUGGCUUGAAAUUCUGCAAUCUAUACUUGGUUCACCCUAGAGAUGUUUGUAGCACAGAGACGUAAAGCUUCAGUAGGAAAGAAAAUGUUUCUUAAAAUAAUAACUUACUACAAAAUUACCAUCACACAGGAGUAUUUAUAGAUAAGUAACACUGUUCGAUCUGGUUGGUUUUUGUCAGCAGACUGACAAAAAAAAAUUCUAUACUAUGGCAAACACAGGAUAGAAGCUAGAGGGGAACUUCAAAAACUGGGUCCCAAUUGCCAAUUAUUGUUAUUUUUUUACUAUGGGUUUCCCAACAAAACUUGCCUGUGUAAACUGAAGAUGUCAUCCAUGACCUGACUAAUCUAUAGCUACCCAUUAGUGAUAAUGAUUGUUAUCCAAGUUAAACCCACCAGCCUAAUGGCAAGAGCAAACUUCAUAGAGCUGGUGCUACUAGACAUUUACGGUCCAGUAAAGUUGCCCCUCUUUGUCAUAAGCAUCACUCUUCUCUCUUUUUGCCCUGAGAGAUCAACCACACCUGGAAUUCAUGGUGCUGAUGGGCAAUGCAUAUAUUCUAAGCUUAUAGUUGUUGCUAAAUGUAUACUUCUGUUUGCUUGUGGGUGUAUGUGUGCACAUGCUUGGAUUCAACACAUGCUUACUGGUUGGAAUGUAUGUGUACCAGUGUGACUGUUUGUCCAUGCAUGUGUGAUCUACAUAUAGGGAGCAGUGCGAUGCUGCCACUGGUUUGCAUAGGGCUGUAAGAUGCUUAACACUCACAAAGGAGAGAUCCUGGUGCUCAUUAAGUGGUCCUAAAGCUCUUUACCUCAUGUUGUACAGACACUGGUCCUAGUCUCAACAUGCUACAAAUAUACAGGCGCUACAGACUGCAGGCUUGCUGCCUUUAUCCACAUUCGUACCCACUUUUUAUUAUUAUUUAUUAUAUGAUAAUGAUGAUUGUUAUUGUAAUUGCUGUCAUUUAUUUUACUUUUUGUUCAUUUUAAAGAAAUUGUAAAUAUUGAAGAGAGGAUUUUAUAAAAGCACUUUUAAUCUUGAUUUUAAUGAGAAAAAAAUAAGAACGGAUUAUUGACAACUUGAAACCUAGUUUUUGUUUUAAUGGAAUUUUAUUGGAAGAGAUAGAAAUGUAAAUAGUUAAAUAUUUAGGUAAGAUUAUUUAACUGGUGAGGGAUGAUGGCCUAAUCAUGAAUUAUUCCUGAAUUUGUUGUCUUCGGUUUUCUGUAUGUCAAGUAAUCAACAGAGCAUGAUGCUUUGUUGGUCUUACGAUUCUGCUGUCCUUACGUUCGUGAGUACUGUACUUACACCAAUACAUCUGUACUACCAUUGUCACCGGCUUCUGAUCCAUAACUAUAAACCAUAAACUAAAGGAGAUCAAAGAAAUGACUGCAAAAUUGUGCAUCGAUACUAAGACAAUUCAAGCAUUCAGGACUCACAUUGUUUUAAAAGGGAGUGGAAUAACUUUUACAUGAAAAUUGCCAUGGAACCGAAAAGAAUAUGGGGUGUUAUUUUGCCACUGAACAGUUUAAAACUGCAGGUAGAUGAUGUAAAAAUGUUUUUGUUAUUACAUUUCACGUGGGGUUAGUCUUGCAUAACUCUGACUGUGCACUGACAUUAUAUUAUCUAGGUUGUCACUUGUUCUUGGACAUGGUGAUACUUAACCCUGAAGUAAAAAGAGUUUCAAUCUCUUGAAGCUAGGUUAAAUUUUGUUCACCCUAAAUGGCUUUUAACCAUGGUGCUACCCCUAGAGUUCGCUGUGGAAAUCACUUUUCGCAAACACUGUUGCUAUAGGCUCUUAAAUUAAUAUCUGAACUCUGUUUGAGAGUAUAGAAAAAAACGAUAUGGUGCUGAUCAUUUUUUAAUAUUUUUACAUAUUUCUGAGAGAUUUCGGAUGUUCACAAUAGAUUAAAAAAAAAAAAAAGCACUCCCACAGAUCCAGUUCCCAUUUUUAGUCCUCACCCUAAAUAAUUUAAAUGGUACUUGAAGAGCAUGAUGACCGAUAGAGGAAUAGGUACUCAUGCUAAUGAUGUGAAUAGACUGUUAAUUUAAUAUUCUGGUGCUAAGCGAUGCGUUGUCACCCAUUUUGAAGUUUUAAACAUUUUGUCAUUUUCUUGGUUAAACAUUCUUUAUUCAUACCUACAUUUUGGGCACACGAUCAUACAAAUACACACAGCACACACAUGUACACACUACUCUCUUUCCCCUCUAUCAGCACUCACAUUUAGAGUAUUAAUUAUGCCCAGUUUUAAACAUCAAAAAGACAAAAUGUCUAAAUGUCUAAACAAAUGAGGGGGGAAAGAAAAAAAACUGGCAGCUACAUUCCUUAAUGAGAAUGAAAAAUUGUUCUUGGUUUUAUUUUUCAUGUUGAGUAUGCAGUAUGUAAAAAGUGUUAUCUUUUGUUUGGUCUCUCUCCUUGUAGCUGUAUGGUGUAUUAUGUGAAUACAAUAGUGUAUGUGGUAAAACCCACAAUACUGUUUUGUUCUAAACUAAGAAAAAAUAAAAUUACAAAAAUGUAAGAACUAAAAUGUGGCAAUAUUCAUUCAAUAAACAUACUGAUUACCAGUGACUUCAUAAUGUGUUAAUACACCUGUUGAGUUGUGCCAAUCUUUAUUAUCAUCUUAAAGUAAUAGUACAUUUAUGUUGUAUGUUAUCAGACUUCCAUCUUAAGACCAAGUUUAUAUGUUAAAUGAUUUUAAAAGCCUUAAAAUGAUUGUUUAAAGCACAUUAACUAAAAUGCACAACCCAUAAAGAUGUAUGUUAUAAGACCACACGAUGGCAAUAGAGUUCUGUGAU